CUUUAAAAAUGCCGCCGCCUUAGGCUAUGAUAGACUCUUUCUGCGUUUACAAUACCUGUACUGACAAGUUAAACCAGCUUAGACUACUGCCUGUUGAAAUUGCCACCCAGACCCAAUGACAGCACUGACAGAAGACACAGGAGAAGGAGGGGACACUGUCACAGAUCUUCACAGAUUGUUGGAAUGGACUGUCUAUCAUGAUCGGGUCAGUAUCUACAGAAAUGGAGGAGGAAAUUACCACAAGUACCACAGGCGAAUGGAGAACAGUGUCAGAUCCAAAACAAGCUGGUUGGCUAUUUUCACAAGAGCUUCUCCACAGCAGCAGAGGUUCAAAGAGCCUAUUUCUGAGUGUGGACAUCAGACAAGACAAGGAGGAGCAAGACCAAACUUUAGUUACGUUUUACAAGAGAGACAACGUUCAGUGGACGUCGCCACUUCGAUGCAAGCUUCAAGGUGACGUUGCAACAGGAAGUGGGGUCGACCGUCACAUGAUGUCAUCAGUGAUUUUCAAGCUCAUGAGUGGAUUCCAUAUAAACUUUGGAGGUGCAGCCAUCACCAAAAUCUUCGAAGGUGAGCCUGAUCACCUCGUCCCCUCAGUUUCAGAUGAACUUCUUUGCAAUAACAUGUUCACAGUCGCGGGCCGGAUGAUCGGCCAUUCCUUCUUGCAUCACGGCCCGAGUUUCCCGGGACUUAGCCCGGCCAUUAUUCACAUUCUCCUCGGAGGUUCGCUGGAGACAAUUCCUGUGACAAUACGAGACUGCCCCGACCUCGACAUCCGAGACGCUGUGAAAAUGCUUGAAGGAGAUGCCGAAUUAAAAGAAUGUGACGCCAUCCAUCAGCUCUCCCUGUCGUGGGAGCUGCCAGCACCAAAUGCCACCAACAGGAAAUGGCUGUCCGAGAAGCUGCUCUUGCAUGCUGUUAUCGAGCGAACGAGGCAUCAAAUCAAUCAGUUCCGAAAAGGCUUACAAGAGACGGGACUGUGGCCACUUCUCAUUCACAGAACAGAUGUAAUCCGACUCCUGUUUCCCAGGGAAUCAGAAGCACAAGUCACACCUCAGAUAAUCUUGGAUUGCAUCAUAUGGCCAUCGUCUAUAACCGUCAUCUUUGAGAGCUACAAAGUCCAAGACGCUGGCGAGUCCGAUGUCAUGGAUGUAUGUCGAGUAUCUGGCUACUUGAAAACAUUUAUUGGAGACGUGUCUCCAGCUGAGCUAAAGAGCCUCGUAAAGUUCUGGAUAGGAUGGGAGGUGCCGGCCAAAGUGAUGAAGGUGGAAAUAGUUGAGGCCACACUUCCGACAGCUUUAACGUGUUUUGAGAGGCUGAGGCUGCCGAGGCAUUACACUGCGUACAAAACUUUUCAUCAGGAUUUGUGUGCGUGCAUGUCGACAUGUGACAGCGGUUUUGGCAGUGAGUGAAUAGUGUUCACU